AUGAAAAGGGGAUCAGCCCUCAUGGGAUACCUCUCAUGGGGGCGAAAAGAAUGCAGGGGCGGUGACCUGUUCCCUUUCAAGUCCUCACAUCUGGAUGGAUACUUGAAGCACCUGAAGAGCGAGAAGAGGCCUGCCGGGGCCUUCACCAGUUUCCAGGAGUGCGUGAAUUUCGCCAUACAUGUUGUCGGCAUUGCUGUCGACGAGUCAGUCAUAGGACCGAAGCAGAGCACUGUGUGGAGCCAUUGGAGCAAGGGGGUCAUAGGUCAGGCACAGCUGACCAAGGCAGAGCGGAAGCAGGCCACAGUUCUGCUUGUGGCAUACGUUGCAGCCCUGGAACGUCUGCUUGAAGAUGAAUCUGUUAACAGCUUUGAUCGUUACGCCUGCGGUGCCAUCUUGUUUGGGAUCUUCUCUCGGAGCCGAGUGUCGGAUUUGAGAAAAACAUUCAGUUGGUUUCUUGACUUCGGUGAACUUGCAAGUGGAGGCGAAGGGUUCAUCGAGUGCAAGACGCGAGACCAUAAGACUGCCAAUGCUGUGGCGCAUACAGGUUUCAGCAUGCCUUUGGUUGUCACCAAGUGGAUGCGUGCGUUACUUGACAAGGCCGGCUGUGAUGACAUCAUAGCUCAGGCGACGGAUCCUUGGAUGCUUACGGGACGGUUUGCUGAUCGUCCGAUUGUGAAAGUCGAAGUAUCAGAGGAUGUUUGCGAGAGUGAAUCGAGCGACAGCUCGAGCGAGUCGGAGCCUGAGUCCGGUGACGAUUGGGUCAAGGGCGAAGACUUCCGACAUCCUUCGAGCAAGCCUAGGAUCAUGGGCUCGCUAACGGAAUCCACGGCGGCUUUUGCAUCAAGGGCGAAAGAGAUUGGCUUGACCCAAGCCAAUGUGGCCACGAUGACGGGGACCGGAGUGGAUACGCUCUCCAAACUGGCUUUUGCAACAGUACCGCCGGGCCAGUCUCCGAGCGAUGAUCAGGUACAGCGGCUCUUCGGGGCCGCGCCCAUCACGGCAGGGACGAUGGCUGCAGCAAAGCGUCUUAUCUUUGAGGCCCAUACCCUCGUAGUCCAAGAGUUAAAAACCCGGGUUCAGAGGGGGGACUCUGGAGCACCUUCGACGCUCGCUACAGCCGAGAGGGAAGAGCGCAUCACAGAGCAGCGUGCAAGGAUCACGGGCCUUUUGCAUCGCGGAGUAGAAGAACCUAGCCAUGCCUCUUAUGACUUGGUGUACGCCAUGCUGUCCUCAGAUUCCUUGACUUACUUGGGGCCAGACAGGUUCCCGACCAGACAGUCUGAACUUCAGGGCAAGAAGCCCGGGAAGGAGCUUACCAUCGACGGGAACAGCGUGACGGUGAGGGACAAGGUGCCUCAUCAAGCCUGCACAACGGGGACUGAACUUGAGCUUACGCAGGCUCUGAGGCGGCGAGCCUUAGCAUUUGAUCUCGUCAAGUGCGCCAGUUAUGACACCAUGAAUCGGUAUCACUCGUCCUUGAUCCAUCGGUUGCAGGAGUUGCCACCUCCUACUUACGUGAAGAUUUCAGUGGCACAGGACAUUCUUCAGGAUCCCAGCAUCAGUUUCCACUUGUUGCCUUUGAAGGGCGGAGAAAUCGAUGAUAACAAGCGGAAAUGGACAGAUGACGCCAAGAAGACUGAUGAGCCGACCAAGUGGAAAAAGAAUGGCAAAGGCAAAGGCAAGGGCAAAGGCAAGGAUCAGCCGGGAGUUAAAGGGGCCAAAUUCAUCAAAAUGCCGAAGCAGCUCGUCGGGAAAGCCAGCGAGACCAACGAAGGGAAGAGGCUGUGUUGGGCAUACAACAUUGAUGGGUGUCGCAAUGCUGCUGACGGCGCAUCCGUUGCCGAAGCAUCGAAAGUGACAGCCAGUCGCCUCGACUGCACCGGUUGCGUCAAUUUGCAGGAGCCCCUGCAAUCCUGCGGAACGAAGCCCAUCCUGAUGGAGUCCCAGGGUUCCAAGGUCCUUCGCAUCCUCACGGUGCCGGGGGUAAGUUCAGAGGAUGCUUCAGACGACUUGAGUGCAGGCCAGGCUGACGGGCAAGACGAUGCUCACCCUGCUGAAAAGCUUGCCUGCAUCAUGUUACAGUGGAACACUCGCUUCAGCCAAGAGGAGAUGCGAACCCUCUUGGACAUGUUGCCGCAAAAACAUCAGACCAGAGCCAGGGGGAGCUGUGAUGACCAGUCCAAUCAGUUUCUGUGCGGAGCCUAUGCUCAUGGGCCCAUGACGGGCUGCAAAAACUUGACGCGGGAUAUGCCUUGGUGCACUGCCGUGCUUUGCAAGCAUGUUCGCGAUAAUGCUCCGGGUUUUUGCUUCUCUGCCGUGGGCUACCUGUGCAAUGUGCGCGCAGAAGCCCAUCGAGAUUUGCACAAUGAGCCAGGAACAAAAAACCUGGUCAUGGCAACGCGCGCUUGUGCUGGAGGUGGACUGUGGCUCGAGGAGGCAGGUGGACCUAUUGCAAUGGUCGUCGGGAAAACCCAACGUGCUGGGAGGUUUCACGACUUGGCAGUUGGGGUCGCAAAAGUACAAAAAGGAAGUAUCACUUUCGGUGUGUACCAUGAACCGGAGGAGUUCGUGGCGAGGGCGUUGAGCGUGCAACAUCCGUGUCACUUGGAAAGCCUUUUGCCAUCAGAGCUUGUCGAGGCCAUACGGGCAAAUCAUUCCAAAGAUGUCGCUACGCUUGGACGCGAGCGAACUGAGAUGCUCAAGAAAUGGCUUGCUCGCGCUGAGGAGCUGGAAACUGCAGAAAGCCAGUUCAAGGGAUCCUUCAGCUCUCAUCGACGUCAGGUGUUGUGCAACAAGCGGCUGCUCUUGAUGAAGGAAAUGCUUGACAGUGUGGGACACGAGGACGAGGACUUGAUUUCUGAUCUGUCAAACGGUUUUGACUUAACCGGACCCUUGCCCCGAUCUAAUGCCUUUAAGAAUAAGUACCGCCCGGCAGCCACGGCCGAGGAAACGCUUAGGAAAAGUGCGGGUUUGGUUAGGGGUCAGGUUUUGUCUUCGGUUAAAAGUUCUGGAGACGAGAUCGUGGAUCAAGGCGUGCUAGCAGCCACGGAGAAGGAGUUGGCCAAAGGCUUCGUUGAGGGGCCGAUGGGUGCUAGCGACAUCCCUGGUGAUGGGACGGUCACGCAUCGCUUUGGAGUGAUUCAAGGAGAGACCGAGGAAGGUCCCAAAGUUAGACCAAUCGAUAAUUACUUGAGUUCGCUUGUAAAUUCGGUUGUAUCCCAAAGUGAACAAGUGCCCGUUCACACGUUGGACGUAGUUGCUGGCAUGUUGGCGAUGUGGUUGCACUUGUCUCCUUUGAAGUCCUUGCGUGCGGGACUGGUGUGCAAAUGUUGGGACCUCAGUGCCGCGUACAAGCAACUGCCGCUCAGUGACAAAAGUUUCGAAAAGGAUAGCUUUUUCGUAAUCUUCUGCCCCCGCACACGCAAGCACGUCAUCUACAAGCAGCGGGUCAUGCCCUUCGGGGCAAAAGCCUCAGUGACCGCCUUUAUCCGUUGUGCAUUCGGGAUUUGGCGGUUGGGGGUAAAAAUGUUUGCCUUGGUCUGGAGUUUUUAUUUUGACGAUUUCCUAUCGGCCUGCAAGCCUGAGGAGCGCCGACAUGUGGAAGUCGUGAUCAGCACUCUGUUUCGGCUACUAGGUUGGGAUCUUUCACUAGAUAAACUUUUGCCUUACGACGUGUGCUGUAAAGUUCUUGGAAUCAAGAUUGACAUGGCUGAAGCUCGCCUGGGGCUCUUCAAGUUGGCGAACACCGAAAAGCGUGUGCUGGAGUUGACUGCUGCCUUGGACGAGGUGUUGUUGGCUGGCAGGUUGUCGCAUUCUGACUGCGAGAGACUUCGAGGUAGGCUGCAGUUUGCUUCCGGCCAGUUGUUCGGUCGAAGAGCGAAGGUUGCUCUGCACCAGCUUAGCCGGCAUCAUGGAGGUCGGUUGAGCGAGGUCACUUCCGAGGCGUGUCGCUUCUUGAGGCGUUUGGUUUCGUCGAACCAAAGCCGCUCGAUUAGUCGGCAACUGGGCAAUGUCGUGCAUGUGUAUGUGGAUGCAUCCUUCAGCGAUGAGGGCAAGCUUUGUGGCAUCGGGGGCAUGGCAUAUGAUCAUAAAGGCUCCUUGCUCCAAUGGUUCGGUGAAAGCCUUGAUGCUUCGCUUGUUUCCCAAGUCAUGACGUCCUUUGAACGUGUCAAAGAGACUGUCAUCUUUGAGCUGGAGGCUUUGGCGGUAUAUGUUGCGCUGAAGUUUUUCUUCAAAGUUCUUAAGGGCAAGAAUGUGGUUGUGUUCACUGACAACGAAGGUGUUCACGGCGCCUUCGUGAAGUGCUGGACAGUGAGUCAGUUUGCAUCGCAUGUCAUCGAUGCGGUAUGUGAGAUUGAAGAAAGCCUUGGCUUUAUGAUUUGGUACGAUCGAGCAGGCUUUCACGAGGGCAUCGUCCACGUGCUGCUCAGCAGCGACAAGGAGGUCGCAGAAGAAAGGCUGCGCCAGCAGCUGGGUGCCCCCGGCCACGUGGAGGUGGAGGAGGCCUUGAAGCAGGCGGCAAAGACGCUGGGCCGAGUGCCCAUCGUCGUCUUGGAAAUGCCUCGGCAGGUGAGUGACAUGAAAGUUCUGGCCAGCUGCUCGGGCCUCGCCAAGACGUUGGGCUACGACAAGGAGUUGGCGAAGGUGAUCGUUUUGGCGAGCAGUGCCUCCAUGGCAUUGAGCUUUGAUGCCGAUGCGCGGGAAGUUCGUCUCCAGAUCGCAGCGCUGAGUGAGGAAGAGUGCAAGCAGCAGGAGGUCCAGGAGUUCCUCAAGCACCACGGUGGAGACGCGGCUGUGGAGCACAAAGCUGACCUUUUGCACCCCACCGGCGGCCAUGUGGGCAAGCUGGAGGAGGUCGCCAAGAAACUGAAGAUCCAGACCUUCGAGCAGGUCCGGCAGGAAGCCAUCGGCGAGCAGGAGCAGCAGAUCCUGGACUUCCUCGGCAUCGAUGUGCAGGGUGGCUUCGGGCCAAAAGAGGCCGGUCAAGGACUUUGGGGGCCGUUUCACCAGCAAGGACCUAGCACAGGCAGUGAAGGCGCGAGGCGCCCACUGCAUUUAUGUAAAGGCCACCACUAA